GCCUUUCCCCAUUGGGUCUCUGUAAGAGUCACAUGCUUUGGGCGUCCUUGAAAAGAAUCUUCUCAGGCCUCAGCAUCUUAUCUGAGUCUCCUGAAUCCCACUUAGAACUGUGUUGAGCUCUCACCCAUCACGAUGAGCAACAAAUUCCUGGGCACCUGGAAACUUGUCUCUAGUGAGAACUUUGACGAUUACAUGAAAGCUCUGGGUGUGGGGUUAGCCACCAGAAAACUGGGAAAUUUGGCCAAACCCACUGUGAUCAUCAGCAAGAAAGGAGAUAUUAUAACUAUACGAACUGAAAGCACCUUUAAAAAUACAGAGAUCUCCUUCAAGCUAGGCCAGGAAUUUGAAGAAACCACAGCUGACAAUAGAAAGGCCAAGAGCAUCGUAACCCUGCAGAGAGGAUCACUGAAUCAAGUGCAGAGAUGGGAUGGCAAAGAGACAACCAUAAAGAGAAAGCUAGUGAAUGGGAAAAUGGUAGUGGAAUGUAAAAUGAAGGGCGUGGUGUGCACCAGAAUCUAUGAGAAGGUCUGAAAAAUCGUUUCCUCAUUGAAGUGGCUUUCGAUCAUUUAAUGAUGGAAAUCAAUUGCUUCCAUUGACAAAACCUGAAUACACUGCAAAUGUUUGUUUUUGCUUUUGUCUUAAUAUAUCAGAUAGGCAAAGGCCUAAACUGAGAAUUAAUCUAGAAGUCAGUGUUAUUUAAACAGUUUUAAUGUGCAUACGUGUUAUUACUACAUUAAAGCAUAUAUAUUGGCCAGACACGAUCAGUUGAUGAUGUCAUUUAACUAAUUACAAAAUUCUAACCUAUGUUGAACUUUGUAUACUUGAAAUGAUAAUAAAAAGGAUAGAAUUUGUUAGUAAAAGGAAAUCAAGGUAUUGAUCAUAGUAGCAAACUCAAAUGCUGACAGGGGCUGGGGAGUUAUGGGGAAGGAGCAUCAGAAAUGAGGCAAGCUAGGAGAAUGAGCUAUUUUAAUGUAAAGAAUUGUAGUCUCAGCUAAAAGGGGUAGCCUCUACUCCAACCAACAUUUUUAAAUUAAUGGAUAAUUUAUAGACAAUUAAAUGCACAGAUAUUAAGGAUAGAGUUCAGUCCACUGUGAUAAAUGCAUGCACCCGUAUAACUCACAUCCCAAUCAAGAUACAAAACAUUUUCUUAAUCCUAGUACAUUUUUUUCUGCCCCUUCCCAAUCAGUGUCCUUUUCUGUUCCACCCCUACCAAAAUCAAGUAGUGGUUUAGUUUCUAUUACGUAGAUUCAUUUUGUCCGUUCAUAUAAAGGGAAUUAUACAUCAUUGAUUCUUUUUUGUUUGCCUUUUUAAAAUUCACCAUAAUGUAUUUGAGAUACAUCCAUAUUGUUGCAUGCAGCUGUAGUUUGUUUCUUUUUAUUACCAAGUACUAUUUCAUUGUAUGAAUAUAUCACAGUUUAUUCAUUCUACUAUUAAGACAAUUGGGCUAUUUCUAAUUUUUGGCUGCUAUGAAUAAAGCUGCUACAAACAUUUUUGUACAAAAGUUUUUGUAAACAUAGGAGUUCUUUUAUUUUAAAUAAAUAACUAGUCAUAUAAUCACUAGGUCCAGUAAUUUGUGACAGGCAGGAAUGGGGGACAAUUGCAUUGUGCCCAAGUAAUAAUAAAACUAUUUCAGAUGUAUUAUAUGAUUGAGCAAAUGAGAAAACAUGUCGAUGUUGAUGUUGAUGUUGAUGGGAAUCAGGAUGUCCACUGUGGAAAAAUGAACAUACAAAUAUGAAAUGAGGGAAGGCAAGAAAGAACCAUGUGGAAAUGGAAUAGAACUGAUAUAAGUUCAUAAUUUCUAAACCAUGUAUAUGUACAUUUAUAUGUAUUAUAAUUGCAUACACAUGCCUGCAUGCAUAUAUGUGUGUGAUAUUAGACAUGCAUCUAUGUGUGUGUAUAUAUGUGUGUGUGUGUAUACACAUGCAUAUAUUUACUAAUUCUAUCUGCCAAAAGGGCUUAGACACAAAAACACCUCAGCAGAAAUGAAUACACCUAGCACUCAGAUCUUCGUGUCUAAUAUAAUUUGCCACUAAAAGGAACCAGGGCUACCUGUCAAAAUGGCUGAUUCCAAAGCAAGGGCAAGGUAGAAACAAGAUGAGCCUGAAAUAUCUUGUUGUGCCAGAAAGUAAUGUUCAAAAAAAUAAUAGGUAUACUGCCAAAACAUAGAGCCUGCUUGAAGGGGCUCCCAUUGACCAAACUUGAGCCAAUUUGAGAGCAAAAUAGUUGAGAAAAAUAAUAAAUUAUAAACCAUUGGGAAAAAAUAGAAAUCCAUGAAUCCAUACUGAUAUAUGAUACAUAAUCAAUAGAUAGGUAGAUAGAUGACUAAUAGAAGAUAGAUAGAUAGAUAGAUAGAUAGAUAGAUAGAUAGAUAGAUAGAUAGACAAAUGAGAAGGUGUCUCCUUUACAACAGAAUGUCAUGGGCCAGCUGGUAAAUGUGGGUGAAAGGAGUUCUGGAAUUGGAAAACCAUGAUUUUUCAACCAUCACAGUAAAUACGGCUCAGGCAAGAAUUAUCAAUCAAUGCUAAAGCUAGGGGGAAAUUUUGAUUAGGAGCAGGAUAUUAGGAUAUUAUUCUGGGCUUAAAGUAUCUCCUCACAGAUUGCUUGUUAGUUUCUGGGGAAAGAACAGUAACUAUGCAACGGAAAAAAAAAAUGGACAACCUCUUGACUGGGUUAUCAAAAUUAACCUCACCAAUAAACCGUGGAUGUUCAACUUGUGCCUUCAAAUGUGACACACUGAGAAGGAAACAACAUCGCUUUAACAAAAACAACAGAAAAAGACAGGGGGUUUUGACUGAAUUCUUAAAAAAUGUCAAUAUCAUAGAAGACAAAGAAAAGUUGUGGAAAUGUUUCCGAUUAAAUUGUAUUAGAAACACCUGAGAACUAAACAUAGUAAGUGAUACUAGACUGGAUCCUAUACUAGAGGUAACAUAAAUGCUCCAAAGGACAAUGCUCGGUCAAUUGGCAAAUUGGAAUAUAGACAGUCAAUCAGAUAACAAGUAUACUUUGAUUAAGUAAAAGAAUAUUCCUAUUCUUGGAAAAUACACAAUAAAGUAUUUUGAGGUAACGGGCCAUAAUGCAUGCAAUCUACUCUCAAAAAAUUCAGAAACAUAUAUUUGUGUGCAUUUGUGUGUGCAACAGUACACACAAACAUACAUAAAGAGAACAAUUGAUAAACAAAUGAGGUAAAAUUUAACAAUAAUAUGAUACACAUAAAUAGAGAAAGAGAGCAAUUGAUAGAGCAAAUGAGAUAAAAUUUAACAAUUGAGUAAUCUGAGUAAAAGGUAUGUGUGUUUUCUUUGAGAUAGUCUGAUUUUUGCAACUUUUUCUGUAAGUUGGAAUUUACUUCCAAACACGAUUGAAAAAAAAAAAAAAACCUUGCCCUUGGCAACUUCGUCUCUUUUUCAGCCUAGAAAUGUCUGUGUUAAGUGGUUUUUUGUUUAUUGUUGUUGUUUGCUGUUAUUAUUGUUUUGUCCCCAGGCUCCAACUCAAAAAACAAGAGUUUAAAAAUUGCAUUGUUAUUUUUAGAGAUUUGUGAUAAUACAACUUGUUAUAAAAUGCAUUCCUCAAUAAAGAUAAUUUCUCUAUUAUGCAAAAA